GACCUUCCGCAGUUUCUUAUUAGUGACAGUGCGUCACUAGAGGAAUCGUUUACGCACGAGCCAAUACAGGCACAAGGCGACGGUUGAGAUUUUCUGAUCUCCUUUUGCGCCAUGGAGAACUCCAGUCUGCCGGGUGGAAGUGCGCAAAGUGCUGGUUCGGUGGACUUUAUUACUUUAAAGCAAGUGGAUUCUCCGGAGGAGGGUGUCAUGAAGGGAUUAGGAGCGGUCGGUCGUGCCGUGUUUCUCCAAGGCAGCGGUUACAGGACUGUAGCCGAGUUUAUGGCCGUUCUCCCGACGGAAACCUCUUACCUGAUGCCUGCCUUCUGGGACUCCCCGCUCAGUCACGGCAUCAAUGUGUUCGUCGGACUGGUACUUUGCUUCACUAUGUUGGGGCUGGGCUGCACGGUGGAGGUCAGCCAGCUCGGAGAACAUAUCCGCCGACCCAUCGGGGUGCUCCUGGCUCUGGUGUGUCAGUUUGUUAUCAUGCCACUAGUGGCUUUUCUUUUGGCGCUAGCCUUUUCUUUGGAUGAUGUGGCGGCGAUGGCCGUGCUCCUCUGUGGCUGCUGUCCUGGAGGAAACUUGUCAAAUAUUAUGUCUCUGCUUGUACACGGAGAGAUGAAUCUAAGCAUCAUCAUGACCAUAUCCUCCACUCUGCUGGCGCUCGUUUUGAUGCCGCUCUGCCUCUGGAUCUACAGUCGAGCCUGGAUCAACACCCCUGUGGUUAACCUCCUGCCCUUUGGGGCCAUCAUACUGACACUUUGCAGCACCCUCAUCCCCAUUGGGUUUGGAGUUAUGCUUAGGUACCGCUACACGCGAGUGGCGGAUAUUGUUUUAAAGGCUUCUCUGUGGUCUUUGUUGUUCACCCUGGUGUUACUCUUCAUCCUUACUGGAGCAAUGCUGGGGCCAGAGCUGCUCUCCACCAUCCCGCCUUCUGUCUACGUGGUGGCUGUGCUGAUGCCUCUGUGCGGUUACGCUGCAGGUUACGGGCUGGCAGUGCUUUUUGACUUGCCCCCCAACAGUCGCAGGGCUGUGUCUCUGGAGACGGGCUGCCAGAAUGUGCAGCUGUGUACGGCUAUCCUGAAGCUGGCCUUCCCUCCUCAGCUGAUGGGGGGGAUGUACAUGUUUCCCCUGCUCUACGCCCUGUUCCAAGCAACCGAGGCUGGGAUUUUCAUCCUGGCCUACAGGAUGUACAGGAGGGAGGUCCUGCAUAAACCAGAUCCCAUGGUGGACGGUGAGGACACGGACAUAAAUUAUCAAAGGUUUGAAGACGAGGACUUUGAACCGUCAUAUGGUGCGGUGACAGUGAGCGACCCAAACACUAUCAUGCUGGAUCCUUGUCCUCCUGAUCCAACUCCAGUUUAAUCUGCAUAAAAAUAAUAAUUGAAAAAACAAAAAUCGCUGCUCCGCUAUGGAGGACCAAAACUGCCAAAUUGAAAAAAGAAAAAAAAACACGAAAAAACAUAUAUAUAUAUAUAUAUGACUCAGUAACACAAUUAAUAGACAUUAAAUUAUUACUUAAACACAGAAAUGAAUAAAGCUAUAAUAUAAACACUUGUUUUUAUUGUUUUCAACAUGUCACUUGGUAUUAUAG